GGUUCCCGGUUACAAAGCCUCCACAGACCCGCCGGACUCAGCUUCCCCCAAGGGCGGAGAAGGCUGGCCAUGGGGCUGCGAACCCUCCUCCUGCUGCUCUCGGGCGCCCUGGUCCUCACCGAGACCCGGGCCGGCUCCCACUCCCUGAGGUAUUUCCUCACCAGCGUGUCCCGGCCCGGCCUUGGGGAGCCCCGCUUCAUCAUCGUCGGCUACGUGGACGACACGCAGUUCGUGUGGUUCGACAGCGACGCACCGAAUCCGAGGAUGGAGCCGCGGGCGCGGUGGGUGGAGCAGGAGGGGCCCGAGUAUUGGGAUCAGGAGACGAAGAGGGCUAAGAACACCGCACAGACUUUCCGAGUGAACCUGAACACCCUGCGCGGCUACUACAACCAGAACGAGGCUGGGUCUCACACCUUCCAGUGGGUGUACGGCUGCAACGUGGGGCCGGACGGGCGUCUCCUCCGCGGGUUCGAGCAGUUCGGCUACGAUGGAAGAGAUUACAUCGCUCUGAACGAGGACCUGCGCUCCUGGACCGCGGCGGACACAGCGGCUCAGAUCACCAAGCGCAAGUGGGAGGCGGCAGGCCUUGCGGAGGAACACAGAAACUACCUGGAGGGCGGGUGCAUGAAGUCGCUGCGAAGAUACCUGGAGAACGGGAAGGACACGCUGCUGCGCGCAGACCCUCCGAAGGCACACGUCAACCAUCACCCCAUCUCUGACCGUGAGGUCACCUUGAGGUGCUGGGCCCUGGGUUUCUAUCCUGAGGAGAUCUCACUGACCUGGCAGCGUGAUGGGGAGGACCAGACCCAGGACAUGGAGCUUGUGGAGACCAGGCCUUCAGGGGAUGGAACCUUCCAGAAAUGGGCGGCCCUGGUGGUACCUUCUGGAGAGGAGCAGAAAUACACAUGCCAUGUGCAGCACGAGGGGCUUCCGGAGCCCCUUACCUUGAGAUGGAGUAAGGAGGGGUCCCCUUCAUUUUCCUCCACAAAAUCUCCUGAACCCUCCAUCCCCAUCAUGGGCAUCAUUACUAGCCUGGGUCUCCUUCUGGUAGGUGGAGCUGUGGUGGGUGGAGCUGUGAUGUGGAGGAAGAAGCGCUCAGGUAGGGAAGGGAGGGAGAGAUCUGAGUUUUCCUGUCUUUCUUGGGGUUUCAAGCCCAGGUAGAAAUUUUCCUGCUUCAUUACUGAAAAGUACCCUCCACACACUUGUGGAAUCUGGAGCUGAUGCUAACACUGACCCUGACCCUUUUGUAAAGUACCUGUGAAAGACAGAAUUUUCACUUUCAUAAUUCCAUUUGGAGACUAGAUGUUUUUCAGGACUUGAAGAUCAGAGGGGAAGGUCCUCACUGACUACAGGUCCCCAGGAGGACAGUUAGUCCAGUCCUCCCUCAUUUCCUUCUUUCAUGUUCCUGAUUUUGUCCUGGAUUUUUCGUCACAGUUCCAGAAAGUUUUCUGGGGUCCAGGAUUAGGGGGUUCCGCUAGGAUCUCAUGACUCAGUUGUCUCCCUGGCCUCUCACAUGAUGUUUUCU